CUCGUCGCCGCCGCCGCGGCCUUCAUCUACAUCCAAGUGCGGCUCUUCUCUACCCAGUCUCAUGACGCCGGACGCCUCGCCCUCGCCGGAGCAGAUCAACCUGAUCUCCCCGUCGCCGCUGUUGUCAUAAUGGCUUGCAAUCGACCAGACUAUUUGCAGAGGACGGUCGAAUCUAUCCUCAACUUCAGUUUGUACUUCGUAGAACACAGUACCUGACCAAAUGAUGGACAAUAACUCUUCCAGGUAUCAGAAAGCAGUUGCUUCAAAGUUUCCAUUAUUUAUAUCGCAGGUAAUGCUAAUAGGUAAUAGCAAUUUCAGUUCUUCUUCUCGGUCUCUUUAUGUGUGUGGAAGGAUAUUUUUACUUUGCUUCUUCCAAUUGCAGGAUGGAACAAAUGGAGAUGUAAAAAAUAAGGCCCUGAGUUAUACCCAAAUAAGAUAUAUGCAGCAUGUAGAUCUCGAACCUGUGCACACUGAAAGACCAGGGGAACACAUUGCAUAUUACAAGAUAGCUAACCACUAUAAAUGGGCCUUGGAUGAGCUAUUCAUUAAGCAUGAUUUUCGCCGAGUUAUCAUUCUGGAAGAUGACAUGGAGAUCGCCCCAGAUUUCUUCGACUACUUCGAGGCUGCAGCGAAAUUACUUGAUACUGACAAGUCGAUAAUGGCUGUUUCUUCUUGGAAUGACAAUGGGCAAAAGCAGUUCGUUUAUGACCCAAAAGCUCUUUACCGUUCGGACUUCUUUCCUGGGCUUGGAUGGAUGCUAACAAAGACAACAUGGAUGGAGCUGUCACCAAAGUGGCCCAAAGCUUAUUGGGAUGAUUGGGUGAGACUAAAGGAGGUACGCAGAGAUCGGCAGUUUAUUCGGCCAGAAGUAUGCAGAACAUACAACUUUGGCGAGCAUGGAUCAAGCAUGGGACAAUUCUUCGAUCAGUACCUGAAACCAAUCAAAUUAAACGAUGCUCAUAUUGACUGGACCUCCGAGGACCUGAGCUACCUCACGGAGGACAAUUUCUUGAUCAAAUUUGGGAAAGAUGUGGCUAGUGCCACACCUGUGCAUGGAUUCGAUGAAUUGUUGAAGGCCCACAAUCUGGAUGUGGACGUAAGGAUUCAGUAUGACGACCAGGGCGAUUUCGAGCGUGUAGCUCGUCAGUUUGGAGUAUUUGAAGAGUGGAAGGACGGUGUUCCACGGGCAGCUUACAAGGGUGUGGUGGUCUUCCGAUAUAAGAGCAGUCGAAGACGAAUAUACCUUGUCGGCCCUGACUCUCUUCGUCAACUCGGGGUUUAGCUUACGGUGCUGAGUUUUUCCAAAGCUAGACAAUGGAAGUCUUCAAAGAAGAUGGUGGAAGUUUCAGUAACAAGAAAAUUUGGCAUGGAUUAGUCACAUACAUAUGGGCGUAUUUUUAACGGAAUUAAACGCUUAUACUUGCUGGAUUUCUAAGCAUAGUUAGCAUUUCCGAUGUUAAACCACAACUAGCACAGUAAAUUUAUCCUUGUUGUUGAGUUGUUUGUGCAACUCAACAUGUAGUGCACAUGUGUAGUUAGUUCUAGUACAUCUGGCAGGUGAUUGGUCAUCACUGUUAUGUUCACGGAUGUUUGGUGGACUCGUAUAUUCACAUCAAUUCAGUUCAUUCACUAA